AGUUAAUAAAAUUAUAUUUGGAAACCUUAUAAUAUGGUCCCAAUUAAGAGCCUAAAAGGUUAACACUUUUCAAACCACAAUAUUAUUCCUUAAUCAAACAUUUAUUCAAACCAUAAAACCAAACUCACUCACUCUCUCCUUCACCAAUUUUCGCUAUUUUUUCUCUCUCUUCAUUCUCCAUCAAUGGGGAAGAGAAAAAUAACAAAUCUAAGAGAACUCAUAGGUGCCAUUAAAGACAAAGCUUCACAAUCCAAAGCAACUUUACUAUCUAAACCAACUAAUCUCUCCCUCCACCUUGCUGUCUUGCGCGCCACCACUCACGCGCCGUCAUCGCCGCCUGAAGACCACCAUAUCUCCACCUUACUCACCCGCGGUGACAGCUCACGCGCCACCGCUUCUGCGUUAAUCAUCAUCCUCAUGAACCGGCUUAAUCAAACCGGAGAUUCCAUCGUUGCUCUAAAAUGCCUUAUAGUUAUUCAUGAGAUUAUUAAACGUGGACCGUUUAUUUUGCAAGAUCAGUUAUCAAUUUUUCCGGCUACCGGUGGCCGGAAUUACCUUAAACUUUCCGACUUCAAUGACUUUUCCACCACAACGACCUUCACGUUAUCUUCAUGGGUUAGGUUUUACAGCAGAUAUGUAGAAACCCUGCUUUGUACUUCCAGGGUUUUGGGCUACUUCCUCUCCUCCUGCUGCUCGUGCAGCGGGGAUCGGAAGGACGGCCAGGAAGAGAGGAUCUCAUCUAUGCUAAAUCAAAUUUUAAUAAGAGACCUCGACUCCUUGGUUCAGCUUGUGGAAGAACUGGUCAAGCUGCCGGACACGCUUCUGCUCGAGGGCAACAGGCUGCUCUACGAAGUUCUUGGAUUGCUGGGGAGCGAUUACUUGUCAACGGUGAACGAGUUGCUGCUACGACUCAGUGAGUUCAAGGAACGACUCGGUUGUUUGAGUUUUGGUGACUCGGUCGAAUUGAGUUAUAUAUUGAAGAGAUUAAAUGAAUGUAGAGAGAGAUUAUCGAUUUUAUUUUCAAUUAAAAAGCCUUCGAUCGAGUUAUUAUGGAGUUCGGUAUCUGAGUUGAGCUCAAAAAUUGAUGAUUUGAAGGUCGAAAAAGCAGGACGUAAGUUAUUAACUUUGGGUAAAUCGAGCGAGUCAGCUCGGUUUGGUAAUAGAGUUAUGAAAUUUGGUGACUCGAUUCAAUUCUCUUCAGGAAGGUAUGAAAUGAAUAAUUUACCUCUUAUGGUUGUUGAAAGAAGAAAUCGGAGAAAUUGAAGUCCAAUAAAUUGGAGAAUUUUAGAGGGAACAAAAAAAACAAGAUUUUUUUUUCUUUAAUUUUCAACAAUAUUGAUUUUCUUUUUUGCUAUAUCUUCCCAACAAUUUAUUAGGAAGUGUUAUAUUUUCUUGGGUUAAAUUUGAUGUGAUACAUACCCCAAACAUUUUUGUACAUAUAUAUGGUACAUGCAUUCUAAUUUUGGAUUUUGAUUGUAUUCCAAGUUACCCUACUACAUUGUUUAGUUUACAUCUACUUGUCAAUAAGUUUUCUUCAAAUGCUUGUUGGUGCUUUGUAUUAUUAGGUCAAAAAGCAGUAAAGGUUUAUUUGGAUACUUUUAUUUAA